AUUCGUAGCAAUUCAUGCGUUGUGUCGUUCACCCAUUGUGUCAUGUAUACGGGUGCAAUUCUGUGAUUCGCUCGUCUCUCCACGUUAUUAAAACACAACUUGUAGACUUUAAAGCCACAUUAUUUCAGUAUCAAAAGGCUAGCCUGUGUGAUAAGAUAUCUCUAGAUCGAUCUUCAACAGAAAUCCUCGGGACAACACCACCAGAAUAUUUUGAUAACUGGAAUUUGACAACUUGAAACGCGAGUCGGCCAUUGUUAUUCGGAUAAUACUAAAAUAUGAUAAACAGGAUACAGAUUCUUUGUGUUGUUAGGUAACAAUGAGAGGGAAAAACUGCAAACAGAAAUGACUAAAUAUAGAAAAUUCAGCUUUCCGAAUACUUAUCACGGAAGUGUCCAGCCGUAAAAAUUGAUCAUUUCUUGGGGAGACGCGUUAUUUUCGUAGUGCUUAGGUUCAUUACCGGAAGAGACUUUUUUCCGAAAGCUCACUGCAGUUAUUAACAUUUGUCAAUCUGGAUGCUAAAGAAAGUAAAGCAGCUUCCCAGCUUCUCUAUCGGCAAAUGACCAUGACGUCUGAAAAGGAAAAGGCAAAAAAGACGUUCGACUUUCGUAUGUCGAAAAAGGUCGCUGAACUGACUCAAGUGGUUCACAUGUUGUUUACCCGAAACCACGAGAAAGAAGUGGAAAUCGAGGCAUUGAAGGAGGCGUAUGAAUAUGAAAUAUCAUUAGUUCAAGAGGACGCCACGGAACAGCUUGGAAAAAGUGAAGAAAAACGGAAAGAACUCGAAAAACUCUUAGAGAAGGAAAGGAAAGCAGGUCGUGAGCGAGUGAAGAGUGCCGUCCAACAAGAAGCCUCGACAAAAGAAGAGCAGUGGAAAGAAAAGGUGAAAGCGUUGGAACAGCAAUUAGCAGACGAGAAAAACGAAAGUCAGAAUCUGAGAGAUUUAUUGAUAAAUGCUCAAAAAGACAUUGAAAAACUGAGACAAGGUGUGGCAGAGCAGCUACAGAGUAAGAAUGAAGAAAUUCACAGAAAGAAUCAAGAACUAGAGCGACUUCGACAGAAAGUAGCUAAUCUAGAACACACACAGAGUGAGAACGAAAAGCAUUAUAAAGAGAUUAUCCGAGACUUGGAGAAGAGUAACGAAAAGUUGGAGCGAGAGUUGGCGCAACUUCAAGCACUACUAGAGGAAACUCACAGAUCAAAGAUGCAUUUUGAAUCUAAAAGUCAAAAACUAGAAACGGAUUUGAAAAACUUGAAAAGAGACUUCAGCAAAAAAGUUUCAGAAGUAGUCGCUAGUCAAAGGGCCCAAGCCGCCAGCCACCAGUUACCAUCCCAGAGGCAGUAUACGCCAACCGGAACCAUGACGAUUAAGGAUUACAACGAAGAGGUGGAGAAAUUAAGAAGGGAGGUACAAAGGUACCGUAUGGAACUCAGCAACAGGGACAACAACUUCAACCGAAUGUUUACGGACGGUCAACAACUAAUGGUGGACCCCAGGGCAGGGAAAAUCGCCAUCACACAACAACAGGUGCUUGCUGCGGGUCCCACACAAUCUAAGUCGGAACCCCACAUUGGCAAUCGGGAGAAAUCAUUCUCCUAUGCCUUCGUACAGUCUCUGGACGAAUCCGUAAGCACUGACGGUUCCCGAGUGGCGAAGCGGCCUCCUAGUUCUCGGGUAUCCUCGGCCUCCGGAAGACUUCCAGCUCUGACUCAGGAACAGAAAACGCGCCUUACCAAACUUAUGAAACCACGCCCACUUCCAAAGGAAAUGUUGUAUGGGAAGUGACCUAAUCAAUUACAUUUUUCAUCGAAACGUCUUCCGCUAUAUUACAAAUUUUAAACAUAAUUUCGCAUUUGAAAUCCAAGUCCAUCCAUUCAGACUAAAUUAUAGUAUUUUUUAAGUUUCAAAGCACAUUAGUGCCAGGAAGGAUACUAAAUAAAACAAAAUGUAAAUCAGUGUUAAAGAAUGUCUUCAAUGAAAAUCUAUAUGAAUGUAACAUAUAUGCUGUAAAGAUAAAAAAAAAAAAUGGAUGAUUUCUGAAAAUAUUUUUUGUUCAAAAUAUCGAGCAUAUAAAUUCAGAAUAUAUUUGUCCACGCUGCAAUAAUUUCAUACAUGUAUGUAAUUUUUAAUGAAUGUACAUUCAAAAA